AUGGCGCCUCAAUCAUUUGAUGACUUUUUGAAGCAACAGGCCCAACAACAACAACCUAAAGGGCAAACUUUGAAUAGAGGAUUUAAUAAUAACAGAGCAAAUAGAGGAUUUUCUCCGUAUUCUUAUCAAGAUUCGUAUGCUAGCACUCCUAAUGGUUCUUUACCAGGAAGUGGAUCUGUUACUCCAAGUACUCCUAAUCCAAACUCGUCUACUGCAUCUUUAACCUCAUUGAAUACUGCAUUAAGCAAGUUGAAUGUCGGUGAUAUUCCAAUCCAGGCAAAUUUAUCGAACAUUGAACAUGCUACCAAGAUUUCCGAAAUCAAAACUGAAGCAGAAGCUAUUGCCAAUGCUGUUGCAGAGUCUUCCUUAUCGGUUAUUGAUGAAUGGAAAUUAAAUGAUAUUCUUAAGUCCUUAUCCAAACCUAAAAAUUCUCCUUUAGUAAGAGAAUCCGCCAUGGUCAUUAUUCAGCAAUUAGUGAUUAAACUUGGUGGUCAAACUCCAAGCGAGGCAUAUCUUUUGCAAUUUUUCAGUAACUGUUACGAUAUGUGCGCUGAUAAAGAUAAGAACUGUGUUAAGGCUGCUAAGACCGCAGCUGAUUCAUUGUAUGGUAUAUUCCCUGUUGAAGCAGCUGGAUCCAUAGUAAUUGAUGCCUUGUUAAGUUACUUAUCUUCUUCAGCUAAGUGGAAUUCUAAAAUUGCCGCAUUAGAUACCUUUGACAAGUUGAUAGAUGAUGUCCCAGCUGAUUUAUUAGAAUUGAAGUUCGUCAACACUGUUCCUGUUUUAACUGAUUUGUCUACUGAUUUCAAGCCAGAAUUAGCCAAGCAUGGCUUGAAGAUUAUGAUGAAAUUCGUAAAGGUUUUGGACUCAUUAGAUUUACAGAACAAGUUUGAAUUGAUUGUUGAAACUUUAUCAGAUCCAAAGAAAGUUCCAGAAUGUAUUAAGAAUUUGUCAUCUGUUACCUUCGUUGCUGAAGUCACUGAACCAGUUUUAUCUCUUUUGGUUCCAAUUUUGGAUAAGUCAUUAAAUAUGUCAUCUACUUCAAAUGAUCAAUUAAGACAAACUGUCACUGUUACUGAAAAUUUGACUAGAUUGGUCAACAACAAGCGUGAAAUUGAAGUAUAUAUCCCAAUUUUAUUACCAGGUGUUCAAAAAGUUGUUAACAACGCCUCUUUACCAGAAGUUAGAGAAUUAGCUGGAAAGGCGUUAGCCGUUUUGCAAGAUGCAAAGGACGAACAAUCCGAUGGAAUGUUCCAUGGUAGAAUUAAUUUGACUCAAGCAAGAGAAUUUUACACUGAAAAUAUGGAUGAUGAGUUGAAAUCUGUUGCACAAACUUUGCAUGUCGAUUCAGACGAAACUAUUUCCAAUUAUUUGGCAUUUAUUUUACAAGCUGAUGCCAAUGUUAAUGAUUGGAAACGUCUUACUGAUUACUUAAACAUGGCUAUCACUAAUUCUGACAAUGAAUUAAAGGAAAAGUAUAUCAGCAAGGUUCUUGCUAACUUAAGAGAUUUAUUCACCGCUGUUUCUACCAAGGUAUAUGAUGACGAAGAAGGUGCAAUCGAGAUUGUCAAUGCUGACUUUUCAUUAGCCUACGGUUCUCGUAUGUUAUUAAACAAGACCAAUUUGCGUUUAAUUAAAGGACACAGAUAUGGUUUGUGUGGUAGAAAUGGUGCUGGUAAGUCUACUUUGAUGAGAGCUAUCUCUAAAGGCCAAUUAGAAGGUUUCCCAACCCCAGAUCAAUUGAAAACUUGUUUUGUUGAGCAUAAGUUACAAGGUUCAGAAGCUGAUAUGGACUUGGUUGGGUUUAUCGCUUCGGACCCUGAAUUGCAAGGUGUUGGUCGUGACGAAAUUGCUAAGGCUUUAUUGGCCGUUGGAUUCCCUCAAGAAAGAUUAGAUCAGCAAGUUGGUUCCUUAUCCGGUGGUUGGAAGAUGAAAUUAGAAUUGGCCAGAGCUAUGUUGAUGAAGGCUGAUGUGUUAUUGUUAGAUGAACCUACAAAUCACUUGGAUGUUGCCAAUGUUAAAUGGCUUGAGGACUAUUUAAUUGAAAACACUAACAUCACCUCGUUGAUUGUUUCGCAUGACUCCGGUUUCUUAGAUAAGGUCUGUACUGAUAUUAUCCAUUAUGAAAACAAGAAAUUGGCCUACUAUAAAGGUAAUUUAUCAGAGUUUGUUAAGGUCAAGCCAGAAGGUAAAUCCUACUAUACUUUAUCCGAUUCAAACGUUAAGAUGGCAUUCCCACCUCCAGGUAUUUUAACUGGUGUUAAAUCUAACACACGUGCUGUUGCUCGUAUGUCCAACGUUACAUUUACAUACCCAGGUGCAUCUAAACCAUCUUUAGAAAAUGUUUCGUGCUCCUUGUCGUUGUCUUCACGUGUGGCUAUUUUGGGUCCAAAUGGUGCUGGUAAAUCUACCUUGAUUAAAUUAUUAACUGCUGAAUUAAACCCUAACGAAGGUAAGGUUGAAAAGCAUCCAAAUUUAAGAAUUGGUUAUAUUGCCCAACAUGCUUUACAGCAUGUUGAACAACACAAGGAAAAGACUGCAAACCAAUAUUUGCAGUGGAGAUAUAGAUUUGGUGAUGAUCGUGAAGUUUUAUUGAAAGAAUCACGUAAAAUCUCUGAAGAUGAAAAAGAACAAAUGGCAAAAGAAAUUGAUAUUCAAGAUGGUAGAGGGCCAAGAGCCAUCGAAGCUAUUGUUGGUAGACAAAAGUUGAAGAAGUCCUACCAAUAUGAAGUCAAAUGGAAAUGGUGGUUACCAAAGUACAACUCAUGGGUUCCAAAGGAAGUCUUACUUGAACAUGGUUUCCACAAAUUACUCCAAAAGUUCGAUGAUCAUGAAGCAUCUAGAGAAGGUUUGGGUUACCGUGAGUUAACCCCUACUGUUAUCAGAAAGCAUUUCGAAGGUGUUGGUUUAGACGGUGAUAUUGCUGACCAUACCCCUAUGGGAUCAUUAUCUGGUGGUCAAUUAGUUAAGGUCGUUAUUGCUGGUGCUAUGUGGAAUAAUCCUCAUUUGUUAGUCUUAGAUGAACCUACUAAUUAUUUGGAUCGUGAUUCUUUAGGAGGUUUGGCUAUUGCUAUCAGAGAUUGGGCUGGUGGUGUCGUUAUGAUUUCGCAUAAUAACGAAUUCGUCGGUGCCUUGUGUCCUGAACAAUGGCAUGUUGAAAACGGUGCUGUUGUCCAAAAGGGUACCGCUGCUGUUGAUAACAAAAGAUUUGAAGACGGUGAUUCUGCCUCUCCUUCUCCUGCGCCAACACCAACCAAAAAGAGAGCUGAUGACGAUGAUUCACCUGCUAACAUCAAGGUCAGAACUAGAAAGAAGAAGAUGACUAGAAACGAAAAGAAGGCACAAGCCGAAAGAAGAAGAUUGCGUUACAUUGAUUGGUUGAACAGUCCAAAGGGUACUCCAAGAUAUCCGGAUACUGAUGAUGAAGAUGAAGAUUAG